AUGGCUCCUUUACUAGGGCAUGACGAAUCCUCGCCGUCGAUAGGGCUUGGUUCUCGCAAAAAUGUGCUCUACGUUGAUGCCUACGACUCAUUUUCUUACAAUGUCGUGGCCAUGCUCGAAGAAGUGCUAGGAGUGAAAGUAACAGUCAUGAUGAUCGACUCGCAAUGGCCCGAAGGAAACAUGAUCGAAUAUCUUCAACACUUUGAAGCGGUGGUCCUAGGCCCGGGACCUGGCGAUCCUAAUGUCCCAGAAGAUAUCGGGAUUAUGCGCGAUAUCUGGAGUCUCCGCAAUGCUGACAUCUUGCCCGUCCUGGGAAUCUGCCUUGGGUUUCAAAGCCUCUGCCUUCAACAUGGACUCUCUGUCGGCCGGUUGCCGUAUCCACUCCAUGGCCAGGUCCGUCGGAUUGCCUCGGCGCAGAAAGACAUUUUCGUGGACUGUCAGGACGUGGAGGUCACUCUGUACCACUCUCUAUAUGCUAAAUGGGACGGCUCGAUCUCGAGUAACGGCGUCAAUGGAGAGAAACCGAGCCCCGCUGACCUGGAUUUCUUAGCCUGGCUCUUGGUUGAGGAAGAGGGGUCUAGCACGAGAACGCAGAUCCCCAUGGCAGCACGCCACAAAAGCAAGCCGUUCUGGGGAGUGCAGUUUCACCCGGAAUCUUGCAAGUCAGAUCGCCAAGUUUGCAACAGGAUCCUGAGGAGGUGGUGGGAGAUGUCUCUUAUCUACAACAAGCAGAAUGGACGCGGAGGCUACAGGGCUCUUUCGAGCAACCUUGUUCAGCCGUCGAGCGAUAUGCCCUCUCUUCCGGAGAUUGCUUCUACAAUGCUGGACUGGACUGCGUCCACCUCGGACCACGCUGCCUUUCGCACCCUUCCGGCUGGCAAACUGGAUGCCGAGAGGAUUUGCGAAAUAUUAAAUACUCCCACCUCGCCAACGGUGUUGUUUCAGUCCAACGAUAGAUUCAGUGUCAUUUCGGUACCGAGCCCGUCCAGCUGGAGGCUAGAAUUCUACACCCAGACUGAGAACCUGGUCUUAGAAAAGCUCCAGGAUUCCUCUAUAUCUCGUCGUUGCUCAGAACAGGAAGGAAUGGUCGUGGAAGAGGAGUUGCCCGUCACCCAGGUCUGGGAUGUCCUCAGGUAUCUGAUGGAGAUGAAAAAGGUUCGGUUGGGUGACCGAACAAUUCCAUUCUGGGGAGGUUUCCUGGGUUACUUUUCAUACGAACUGGGCCUCGCUUGUCUCGCUCGACCGAAGAACCACGAUCUGGAAAAAGGUCCCUUGAACGAUUCCCUAGGUGAAGACCCUGCGGACGUCAACCUGCUAUGGACGGAGAGGAGUAUUGUUGUCGAUAAGGAGACGGGUCGCGUCACUAUACAAUCAAUUCGAAAAGAUGACGAUGUACCGACAGGCUGGCUCGAUGAAACCCUUCAAUUACUGACGGACAGUUCUCUGGUGGAUGCACCUGGGACAUCCGACGACUCCGAGUUUCUGGAUUGCAUUCUCCGGCAGGCAGAGGUUCAGUUUCCCAGCCAGCACACCUAUCAAGACAAGGUCGAUGCUUGUAAGGUCGAGUUGGAAGCUGGCGAGUCAUACGAACUAUGUCUGAGCUGCGAAACGUCAGUCAAACUGCCUGCACCUUCUACCGAAAGUGGUCGAGCAGUCUUCCCGUGGAAACUAUAUAAACGGCUGCGGCGGUAUAACCCCGCCGCAUUCAGCGCCUAUGCAAGAUUGGGCAGAGCCAGGAUCGUCAGCAGCAGUCCCGAGUGUUUCCUCAAUUGGGACCGAACAUCCACCCUCGAGAUGAAACCCAUGAAGGGCACUGUCCGCAAAUCCGAAGACAUGACGUUGGAAAAAGCCAAGGAGAUCCUCGGAUCGACCAAGGAGAUGGCGGAAAACUUGAUGAUUGCAGACCUGAUCCGCCAUGACCUUUACGGGAUCUGUGGCUCCGGCGGUGUUCAUGUGGAAAAACUUCUCGAGGUGGAAGAUCACGGAAGAGUCUAUCAAAUGAUCACCCACGUGAAAGGAACCGUCGACCCCAACCGGCCGGGCUUCACCGUGCGCGACAGGCCACAGUUUCAAUCUACGAACAUGUCCGUCCACGGGCUUACAACUUUACAGCGAUGUCUUCCUCCCGGCUCCAUGACGGGAGCCCCCAAGGAACGAUCGUGCAUGCACCUCUCCUCGAUCGAAAACCGCAAGCGAGGCGUCUACUCCGGGGUAAUGGGCUUUCUCGACCUCGGCGGCGGGGGCAGCUUCUCGGUUCUCAUCCGCACUGCGUUCACCUGCGCUGAUGAUCAGAGCGAUGAGCAGCGGUGGCGGAUUGGCGCCGGCGGCGCUGUGACUGUCCUUAGUACCGCGCAGGGUGAAUGGGACGAAAUGCUGACCAAACUUCGGACGGUUUCUGGUAUCUUCGCACCCUUGCAUCCUUAG